UUCAUCGGGCUCGAGUGGAUCAACAGAACACCAUUGCAGGUGACUGUAGUAGAAGACGAUUCACGGAUGGAUUCCAUUCUUUCUGAGCUUAAUGCGACGUUCCCUGCGCGGAAGCAACAAAUUGCUCAGCUUUAUAAUCUUUUCGGGCAAAAAAACGAUUUACUCGUAGAUGCCGUCUACAUCUUCGGAUGUACAAGUACUGGGAAAACAUCGCUCGUACGUGGCUUACUUGAAAAGGUGCACGUAAAACAUUGCAUUGUUAAUUUGGUCGAGUGUUAUUCGACGAAAGUGUUCCUCGAAAAGAUUUUGAACAUUUUGGCCGGACACAGUAUCGACCCGUCGAACCCAUGUCCGUACGCGAAAUGCGAAAACGCGAUGGACUUUAUAGAACAUUUAAAAAAGUUCUCGUGUUCUACGGGCUUGGAUUCUGUAGUUUUCGUGUUAGAUAAAGCUGAAAAUCUUCGAUCGAUGGAUCACAACUUAUUACCGAUUUUUAUGUCAUUGCGGAAGUUAACCGGGAUCGAAAUAUCUACGAUUCUCAUUUCCGAAUUGCCGUUUGAAAAGUUUUACGGUUACGCUCACUACGACCCGAUCAAAGUAUUUUUUCCUCAGUAUACCAAAGACGAACUGAUGGAAAUACUAGCGAGAGACUAUCCUUAUUUCAAAGAAGUGUUAGCAAAGGAUUUUCCGUCUGUAGACUUUUUAAGUGUUGACUUUUUCCGAGCGUACCUCAAUGUGUUCUUAUCGGUGUUCUAUAGAACGUGUAGGGAUCUGUCUGAACUUCGUCACAAUGCCAGACUGAACUUUGUGCCUUAUUGCGAUCCCAUUUUUCAAAAGAAUUGCAAUCCUAACGACUCGAUGGCUUUGUGGCGGUUCAUAGCUCCAACUUUAAAGUCGUGUUUAGAGGUUUUAUAUUUACGGAUUGCGAAUACCACCGACACGAUCCGCGACGAUAAACAGCCGUUAAAUUUAAUGUCGUCGAAGGAGAACUUGGCUCAGACGUUGGAAUUACCGUUCUACGCCAAAUAUCUACUUAUCGCAGCCUAUUUGGCCAGUUAUAACUCACCGAAAGAUGACAAGAGACUUUUCGUGAAAUACCACGGAAAGAAGAGGAAGUCGAAAAGGGAUAUGAGUCAGAAAAAUAAGGUUUCCGAACAAUUGAACACGCAACUCGGACCGAAAGCUUUUAAUCUAGACAGGCUUAUCGCCAUCUUUUAUUCGAUAUUGGAUGAGAAAGUUGGCCUAACUCAUAACCUUUUAGUUCAAGUUACGACUCUUGUCGAAUUACAGCUGUUGCUGCUCGUUUCGGAAAAUGCUGGAAUUGAUGUUUACAAAUACAAGUGUAACGUGGGAUACGAUUUUAUCGAGAACGUUUCCAGAAUGGUUGGCUUCAAUAUCAGAAAAUACUUGAUUACGGACUUCAAUUAAACAACAAAGAUUCUUGUUUGGUUAUUUAAAAAUUUAAUGAACAUUAAUAUACAUAUGUUACUCUAAGAAGAACAUUACUUUGUGUAUCCAAUAUUUCAAUCUU